CAAAACGGGGCCGUUAUGCUCCCGAAACACAACCUAGGGUUUAUCUAGGAUUUUACAGAAGAAAGAAACGAAAUCCUUCUUCCCGGAAUACCCCUCUCCCCCCUCCCUUCUCCCUCAUCCCAGCCAUGAGACGAGCUUCAUCUCGCCUCCUCUCCGUCCUCACCAAACCCCAUCCCCACACCCGAAAUCUUCCCAAACUUCUCUCUCCCAAACCGCUCCCUUCGAAUCCCUCACCCAUUUCCAACCUCUUCCCUAAAACUCAUCCCCCGAUCCCGUUCCCCAGAUGCCGCUCCCGCUUUCUCCAAACCCUUUCCGAGGACGCCUCUCCUCCUCCCCUCUCCUCCCGGCAGCGCAAGCUCAAGGAAAAAUCCGACCUUGAGGAGGCCUUCGAGUCCGCCACCACCACGGACGACAUCCUCGCCUCCUUCGAAGCCUUGGAGUCCGCCCUUGACGAGAGCGACAAGAGGCUUGGCCUCGCCUGCCUCAAGGUCGGGCAGCAUCUCGACUCCAUUGGUUCCGAGGACCAUGAGAAUAUCCUUGGCUUUGGCCUCAGGGCUCUCAAGAUCCUCGACAAAGAUGGCGAAAGCUCCAUCUCUGUCGCCAUGGCGCUCCACCUGGUCGGCUCGGCCAGCUACAACCUCAAGAGGUUCAAUGAUAGCUUGGGGUUCUUGAAUCGGGCCAAUCGGAUUCUUGGCAAGUUGGAAAGAGAUGGUUCGAGCGAAUUCGAUAUCCGGCCGGUGAGCCAUGCAGUCCAGAUUCUGCUCGCCAACACGAAAACGGCGAUGGGUAGAAGAGAGGAGGCUCUGCUCAAUCUUAGAAGGUGUUUGGAGCUUAAAGAAUCGAUCUUGGAGCCAGAUAGUAGGGAACUGGGCGUUGCCUAUCGGGAUUUGGCAGAAGCUUAUGCUGCAGUGUUGAACUUUAAGGAAGCUCUGCCGCUGUGCUUGAAGGCAUUGGAGAUUCAUGGGGCACAGUUGGGGCAGAAUUCGGUGGAGGUAGCUCAUGAUCGGAGGCUUCUUGGGGUUAUCUAUACGGGUUUGGAGGAGCAUGAGAGGGCCUUGGAGCAGAACGAUCUCUCCCAGAAGAUUUUGAAGAACUGGGGCAUGGGUUCUGACUUGCUCAAUGCCGAGCUGGAUGCUGCCAAUAUACAGAUUGCUUUGGGGAAGUACGAUGAAGCCAUCAACACUCUAAAAGGGGUAAUUCAGCAGACUGACAAGGAGAGUGAGACUCGGGCAUUGGUGUUUGUCUCGAUGGCUAAAGCAUUGUGUAACCAGGAGAAGUUUGCAGAUGCAAAGAGGUGUUUGGAGAUCUCUUGUGGUAUUCUUGAAGAGAAGGAAUUGGUCUCUCCUGAUUACGUUGCUGAGGCAUACGUGGAGAUAUCAACGUUGUAUGAGACUAUGAAUGAGUUUGGGACUGCUAUUUCUUUGUUGAAGAGAAGUCUUGCGAUGAUUGAGAGAAUUCCACAAGAGCAGCAUAUGGAGGGGAAUGUCUCGGCAAAGAUUGGCUGGUUGCUUCUCCUGACUGGUAAAGUAGAGCAGGCUGUUCCAUACAUGGAAAGUGCUGCUGAGAGGUUGAAGGAGAGCUUUGGGCCAAAGCACUUUGGGGUGGGAUAUAUCUAUAAUAAUUUGGGAGCAGCAUACAUGGAGAUGGAGCGGCCGCAGACAGCUGCACAGAUGUUCGCACUUGCAAAGGACAUCAUGGAAGUUUCGCUGGGGCCACACCAUACAGAUACCAUUGAGACAUGUCAGAGCCUUGCAAAUGCAUAUAGUGCAAUGGGAAGCUAUGCCCUUGCAUUAGAAUUCCAGCAACAAACUGUUGAUGCAUGGGCGAACCAUGGUCUGAGUGCCAAGGAUGAGCUUCGAGAAGCUACUCGGCUUCUCGAGCAGAUAAAGAAAAAGGCUUUCGAAUCUAUGUCUAAUGCAGUUUCUCAGGAGGCUCUACCUCUGUCUCAUGGAAGUGAUGCUGUUCCUUCCAAACUUGAGCAACAUUGAUGACAAGUACUUUUGGCAGGUGUGAUUCUCAACCAUAGUUUUUGCAGAUGAGAUUCUAAACCACAUUUUACUCAGCGAUCAUGCAUCUAACUGAGAGCAUGAUGAUGGGUCCGAGGUGUACCAGCUGGUGGAAAAGGUUUCUCGGGUCAGAUUAAAACAAGCAUAUUUCAAGUGCUCAUAAAAGUGCAGAAAAUAAGAUGUUCAACAGGCACCAAUACCUUAUGAUUCCAGCAGUGAGCACUGUUAAAAUGUUGCAGAAUCAAGACAGACUAUCAAAGAAUGUGAUGGGCAUUGCAGGUCAGUGUUGAGUUGUAAAUGAUGUUCUCACUGAUUGAAUCGAAUUCAAUACUUAGGAGUUGAAUAAGUUAGUGCCUGAGUAGUACUGAAGGGACAAAAAACUCCAGAAUGCUCAGGUUUUGUAUUUGAAAAUUGCUUUCCUCAAGUGAGAUUUUCAAUAUAUACAAGUGCAGGUGUAGGUGAUAUAUGUGGAGUGGUCAUCAAGUUUUGCUGGCACAUUUUCUCUCUGUCCGCUUAAAGGCGACAUGUCUCUGAGCCUGUUUGGGUUGUUUCUGAUAGUUUGACAUUGCAUGAGUUAAUUGGUCUGUAUCUAGAUAUACUCUUUGUGGCCCAUGAAAGAUUUUGUAACUGCA